ACGCCAUAUUUGUUAUGGUUUCUGGAAUUCGGAUUUGGAAUGGAUUUUUAUAGUGAUCUGUGUCACAGAUUAAUAAAAAGUGCCGGUUUUACUUUUAUAAUUCUUAAAUUAUUUAUUAAUUUAUUGUUUUUGUUGAUAUUAUGGUGCUAAUUAAUGUGUGUUUAGUUAAACCACUUCUGAUUUCAAUUUCUAAUAGUAUCUAUUAAUCUGUGGUACUAUACGAACGAUUUUUGAUCUACCUCCAUACUUUUUCUUACUUCUUUGCAUAAUAACUACAGAUCAAGCAGCAUACAGCUAUGAUGAACCACACUACAAAACAGCAGAAAGAUGUUCCUAUGAAAGCAAAAGCAGCAGCUUCCUGCGCUGCAGUCUCAGAACACGCGGCCGAUGCACAGAAUCCCAUAAAAAGGGAAAGUAUCACCUUUGGAUGCACACUUUGUUAUGAGGACUUUGUGCAAGAAGAUGCAUACAAUGAACAUAUGAUCAUGCAUCUCCAGGAUGCUGGGAAUAAUGCUGUAUGUGAUGCAUCACAAGUGUGCGAGCCUCGUGCAGCUGUGAGCCGCAGCUGUGACUCACUCGUGCUGCAGAACAACGAUGCUCUCCUGAACACCAAACUGGCCCCACAAGCUGCUUGCCGACGAUCUACGCGCAAGCAGGGGGCCCACAAGAGGGAGACAGUAGCCCAGAAACGAGCGCAUGAGCAGCACCGUGUCCUCCUUCCUGAUGCGCCUCUGAGGAAACGAAGGACACGAAAACAAUCGCCUGAGCGGGAGCCCUGCGCGUUUCUGGAGUCGCCGUUGCCCUCUACUUUUGCUUCUGCUGCUCCGGCACGAGCAGCAGUUGACAUAGUACCAGCAGCAGUUGACAUAGUACCAGCAGCAGUUGACAUAGUACCAGCAGCAGUUGACAUAGUACCAGCAGCAGUUGACAUAGUACCAGCAGCAGUUGACAUAGAACCAGCAGCAGUUGAUAUAGUACCAGCAGAAGUUAAAAUAGGACCAGCAGCAGUUGAUAUAGUACCAGCAGCAGUUGAUAUAGUACCAGCAGAAGUUAAAAUAGAACCAGCAGCAGUUGAUAUAGUACCAGCAGAAGUUAAAAUAGAACCAGCAGCAGUUGACAUAGUACAAGCGACAUUUGAAAUAGUACCAAUAAAAAAAGAACAUGGCAGUGAAGAAUUCGAAAACGUGGUCUUAGUUCCUGAUCUUGCAUCCAUAGUGGAGUUCCCAACGCCCUCAACUAGUAACAACACAGUUCGAUGUUCGGAUAUUAGUUUGGAUGUCUCACAGUUUAGUGAGGAGGUGGCUGAUUGGCUGUUAGACUCUAACAGUGACGACUGUGGAGACGACAAUGACGAAUUUGCAAUGUCUGUAAAUGACCGACUUAAAGAACAAGCGGCUCACAUUGACUUGACACCCGUUGAAGAAAACAUUCUACAGGCCGACGACUUGGAGAGUUACAGGAUUUUACGACAGUUAUUACCCGACGACUGUACAUUUGACUGGAGUGAGGAAAAGUCUACUUUUACGGCUCGACGAGAGACUUUUGUAGGGACUCCUGGUCCGACGUUUGAUGUUACAGACGACAUGACACCACAAGACAUAUUUCACAAAAUGUUUGACGUGGACUUUGUCGACCUGUUAGUUAAUGAAACUAACAGGUACGCACAACAGAAAAUAGACUACAUGAAGGUGACAAACAAAAUGACUGCACACAGCCGAAUGUGUCGAUGGAAACCGACCGACAGACCAGAAAUUAUAUCCUUUUUGGCCCUUAUGAUUCUUCAAGGCUUGUAUCCACUUGCCACCGAAGAGUCGUAUUUUAAAUUUAAUGGAUACGGUACAAUGCCAUACAUAGCAAAAAUUAUGACAUACAACAGAUUCCUUUUACUGAAAUCCAUGUUACAUUUCGUCGACAAUGAAACACUGACUGACAAAAAUACAAACUCAAAAUUAUUCAAAAUUCAGCCCAUUAUUGAUUACUUGAACAAUAAAUUUUCGUCCCUAUAUUACCCGUGUCAAGAGAUAGCUAUUGACGAAUCACUUCUGAAGUGGCACGGUCGUUUGAGCUUUGCUCAAAAGAUUCGUUCAAAGGCAGAUCAUGUGGGUGUGAGAACUUACGAGCUUUGUGAGUCGUCAAGUGGCUAUCUCUGGCGAUUCAGGGUGUACACAGGUAAGAAUGCGACACGAGACGACAAUGACCACGACAACAGAACAGAACAAACUGACACUGAUGACUUUAAACCUCAAAACGCCACAGCUAAGAUUGUAUUUGACUUGAUUGGACCAUUACUUUACCAAGGACAUACUGUUAUAAUGGACAAUUUUUAUAAUAGUCCAUUAUUAGCAAGAUGUCUAAAAAGACGACAGACCGACUGUUUUGGGACUCAACGACUAAACAGAGAAUUUGUACCAAAUUCCCUUAAAUCCCUAACGAAAGCUGACUUGAGAUGCGGGGAAGUUGCAGCGAGUUAUUGUCCCGAUAUAAUGUUAAUGGUAAUGCGAGACGCUAAUAUAUUUAGCAUGAUCUCGACAUACCAUGAACUUGAAAUCGGGACACAUAAUAAGCACAACAAAACUAACUACAAGCCAAGCUUAGUGCUUGACUAUAACAAGCACAUGGGCGGCGUAGAUAGGAAAGACCAGUAUAUGUCAAGUCAGCGACUCGAGAGGGUAAGGAGUCGAAUUUGGUACAAAAAACUUUUUGGACGACUUUUCAACACGGCCAUUUUUAACUGUUUCGUCAUUUACAAAACCAGACACAAUUUACGGCACCGACAAUUUAGGACAAUCUUAGCAGAAAGUUUACUCAAGACAUAUAGACAACUAGACCUGACGAAAGAGACGCGGUUAAUUACACGGACUACUGGACAGAAUACUGUGACUUUCCGUCAGUCAACUUGUACACCGAAGCUCAGUGACCGCCCGAUCGUUGACCAUGACCACUUCCCUGCAUUCACCCCCACCAAGAGGCGUCGUUGUUGGUGGUGUUCGCAUAAACGCCAAAAGGAUUCCCGAACAGCGUACCGGUGUCAGGAGUGUAAUAUCAACCUCUGCAUCGUAGGAUGCUUUCGCGACUACCACAAACCUUAAUGAUGGAGACCCAUUUGAUAACUUAGACUUGUGGGCAAAUGACUUUGACCGUUCCACAGCGAAUUUGUUGUGAGCUUCUUCUCAAACGUUUCAAGCGUGCUUAUAAACUAAGCCUAAUUGAAAUAAAUGGAAUUUAAAUUUGAA